AUGGGAAAGAGUAGUAAGGAUAAGCGUGAUUUAUAUUAUCGUAAGGCUAAAGAACAAGGGUACCGUGCUCGUUCUGCGUUCAAAUUACUACAGCUCAACGAUGAGUUCCAUAUUUUAGAUAAUGUUCAGAGAGUUGUUGAUUUAUGUGCUGCCCCUGGUUCUUGGUCACAGGUGCUUUCAAGAAAACUUUUUCCAGAUGGUAAGAAUGUUGAAGGAAAGAAGAUUGUUGCUGUAGAUCUUCAGCCGAUGUCCCCUAUCGAUCAUGUAACAACAUUACAAGCAGACAUCACGCAUCCUAGAACUUUGAACAAGAUCAUGGAACUUUUCGAGGGAGAGAAAGCGGAUUUAGUCUGUAGUGAUGGUGCACCGGAUGUUACUGGAUUACAUGAAUUAGAUGAAUAUGUGCAACAGCAGUUAAUAUUAAGUGCUUUACAAUUAACGACAUGUCUUCUUAGAAAAGACGGCUGUUUCAUUGCUAAGAUUUUCCGUGGAAGAGAUAUAGAUAUGUUAUAUUCACAGCUUGGCUACCUGUUUAAAACAGUGAUUUGCGCUAAACCUAGGUCUUCACGUGGGACAUCUUUAGAAAGCUUUAUUGUGUGCCAAAAUUAUAGCCCGCCUGAAGGAUGGAUCCCAAAUCUUGAUCCUAACGCAUCAGUAGAGGAAUUUUUCGAAGGUUGUUCAAUUGGUAGAUUGAGUUUAAAAGAUAAACUUACAGAUUUUCAUGAGGAGCGGCGUGACAUUGCUGAAUUUAUUUCUUGUGGAGGAUUGGAUUCUUUUGAUAGCGAUGCAACUUACCCUAUUGAUGCACAUGAAGCAACACCAUUAGAGCCAGUGCAAAUGCCUACAAAUCCUCCAUACAAGCGUGCCUUAGAAUUAAAACGCUCUUUGCAUGGUAAAGUUGAAGUAUCAGGAAACACAGCAAAUUGA